AUGGACACGAGCGGCAACUCGCUGCCGUCCCCGUCGUGCCCCGACGGCAAGAAGCGGGAGGUGUGCUACUACUACGACGCCGGCAUCGCCAGCGUCGACUACGGCGAGGACCACAGCAUGGUGCCCCGCCGAGUCGACAUGGCGCACGCGCUCGUCCGCUCCUACGGCCUGCUCCACGACAUGAGGCGUCUUCGCACGAGGCCCGCCACCGUCACGGAGAUUACCGGAGACUUUCAUGAGCCCGACUACGUUCGUUUGCUGCAGAACCUCACCCCGGAGAGCUUCUACGCCGGCGGCGCCACCAUGAGCGCAGCGAAGGCGCACAAUAUAGGCGUGCUCAAGGAAGGCGAGACUUUCUACGACAACCCUCCCAUCGCCGGCCUCUGGGACUACUGCCAGCGCUACGCCGGCGGGUCGCUGGCCGCGGCGCGCGCGCUCGGCGAAGGCAAAGCCGACAUCGCCAUCAACUGGUCCGGCGGCAUGCACCACGCGUGCAAAGCGGCGGCCAGCGGCUUCUGCUUCGUCAACGACAUCGUGCUCGCCAUCAAGGACCUCCUCCACCACUUCAGGCGCGUGCUGUACGUCGACAUCGACGUCCACCACGGCGACGGCGUCGAGACGGCCUUCCUCGACUCCAACCGUGUGAUGACAGUGUCGUUCCACCAGCGCACCAAGAAUUUCUUCCCGGAGGAAAGGGGACACGUCAACCACGUCGGCGAAGGGGCCGGUCUGUACCGUGCUUUGAACGUGCCGUUCAUGGAGGGCGUCGGCGACGAGGGGUACUGCGAGAUGUUCAAGGCCAUCAUGAAAAGGGUCGUCGACGUGUUCCAGCCGGAGGCCAUCGUGAUGCAGUGCGGCAGCGACUCGCUCUCCGGCGACAGGCUCGGCCAGCUUAACCUGUCCAUCGCCGGCCACGCCCAGUGCGUCAGCUACAUGCGGAGCUUCAACUUGCCGCUGCUCCUUCUCGGCGGCGGCGGAUACACCGUCAACCACGUCGCCGCCUGCUGGUGCUACGAGACGGCGGUGGCCAUCGGCAAGGAGAUCGACGACAACAUACCGGUGCACUGCUACGACACCUACUACAGUGGCCAAGGCUACAAGCUCCAUUACCCGGUGGACAAGCAACUCAAGAACGAAAACAAGAGAAGCUACCUAGAACGCACGAUGACCGCGGUCCUAGAGAACCUCUCCCAUCUCGAGGCGGCGCCGAGCGUGCAGUUCCAGGAUCCGCCCGGGCCCGGCGGAAGCGGAAGCACCAAUACCGAGCCGCUAUUCUACGAACAGGCCCCGCGAGAAGACGACGACCCCAUGGAGAGGCUGCAUCGGCUUUGUGGCGAGAGGGACGAGCGCUGCUUCUUCAGAGAGUUGGGAAAGAAGCGACAGUUGGCAAAUUUUUUUGCGUGA